AUGAGGACGGAGGUGCUGGGAGUGUGGUGCGCGCUGGCGCUGCUGGCCGCCGCCACGGCGCUCCGGACCCCACAGGGUUCAGGCGCGUUACGAAUCGACAGAAGAACAACAUCAACAAUAUCUCCUAGCAGUAGUGAUCAAUUAGAAGAAUUAAAACCUACAUUUAGGCCACGAGAUUCAAGAAGUCGACAUAGAGAACAAAUUGCACCGCGCGAUGUCUCGAGAAGUAGGACAAGAGCGACAACAGCGAAAACGGAAACAAACGAAAAGGAAACAAACACAUUCGACUCUAGAAAAUCAUUCAGUCGAACGAGAAGUAGGCCGGUCAUAAACGAAACUAACUUUGACACUACCCUUAAAAGAGACAACACUAUUCAGAGAACACGGAGAGUAAACAACCGUGCAAAUGCUUCUACAUAUAUACCAACUAAUCCAGUAUCAAGAGGAAUUAAUAAAUAUGAAGCUAAUGCAGUCACAGAACCAGCAAAACUUAAUUCUGAAAACAAUGCAGCCAACGAUCAAAUCAAGAGACGUCCAGGCUCAAGGUCAAGAGAUAAUCAAACUCGUAGCCGAGCACGAAUCGAUACACGAAAUGAUGUCGGUGCCUUGGAUUUGGACGUUGCGGGUACAGUUAAUACUAUCACUAUUGUAAAGCCCACGACGAGCAGGAUAGAUGAUAUAAGAAACUCCCGAAAAUUGAGGUACAAAACUCGGUUAUCAGAAACCGACACUAACUUGACUGGGGAAGGUUUAAUAACAUCAAUAGACGAGAAAUCUAGUCAAAACAAGGAAUUCGUUACUAGUCAACCUGAAACAUUUUCCUCGUCCUCAACCAUCCCCGAUAUUGCGUCUAAAGCAUCUAGAAGAAAGCUAAGGACUAGUACUAUAAAAUCGAUGAGAGUCGUCAAACGUCCUGUAUCAAAAGAAAAAUUUAGGUCCAGCGAAGUUUCCUCAGAAGCUAAAACCAAAAAAGUGUCUGAUGAAAUUGGUGAAGACGAUAACUAUCCCGAAAGUUUUAAAGCUUUAAUACAAGCAAAAAAUGCAUCGACAAGUGCCAGCUCUCCUAGUGAGAGCUUAGCAGUGAAAGCAUCUCAAAAAAUUUACCAAACAUUCACACCGUCUUCACAAAUAAAUAACACAAGCUCAGAAACUGACGAUUGGCGGUUGCGCAACAAAACAAAAAUUGAGCAAAGUACUACAGAGGUACCGAAAAUAGAAAAUAAUUUAUUAGAGAAAGUACCUGAAAAUGAGGCGCAAUUGUUAGAAAAUAGCUCUCGGGGUACGACUACAUUAAGUCCAAAAGUUAUCGUAUCUUCUAAGGCUACAGCAAAACCAAGCAGUAGACGAUCAUUUAAGUCUAGUCGUAAUAUAAAAGUAACGUCUACAGAACCUACUAUUGGAAGUAAACAAGUCAUCGGAUUGAAAAAACCAAAUAGAAAUUCUAUAUACGCAAGAAGAAAUACUGUUAGUAAUACUAGCACAGAAAAACUAUUACCAUCUACUGCGGAAAGUAGAGAAAUAAAGAAGCCAGUAAUUGCUUUUAAGCCUAAGCAAGUAUUGCCUAGAACUUCUUAUUACUCACGUUCACGAAAUUACACAAAGAAAACUACAACCACUACUGAGGCGAAUACUCCUACUGUAAACAUCGCAAUCGCUGAUAAAAAGAUGGAAGACACUGCUGAUGCUCCAAUAAUUUUUACUUAUCUGAGUCGUAGUAAAAGUCCUGAACUUGUCGAUGUUGAUGUUUUUGAACCAACCUCUGAAAGGACAAAGGAGCCCUUUAUAAUAAAAGUAAGUAGUACGGAAUCUUCUGAAAGUACUACAGAAAAGAAAAUUGUGUCGGAAGACUUAAAGACAUUACAAUUUGAUAAUAUAUCGACUACAACACAAAAAUACCAUGCAACAUACAAGGACCGCCAAGCAAAUAAUAGUGUGGAAAAUAAUAGUAAACAUACAGUUGUGCCACCAAUUAGAAAUAUUCAAACAAGGAAAUAUAGCCGGAAAAAUGGAAAGCUCAGGAAGAAUGAAGAAUCUGUAACACUUUCACCAAGAUCAAAAGAAAGGUCUCUUAGAAAAUACAGUGACACGUAUUCAAAAACAACAGAAUCUUCUUCUAAUGGAAUUGUUGGCGAACAAGAAAAACCUAAACACAAAUUUAGUUCUAAGUAUCGAGCAUCUUACCUAGACAAACCAUUUUACAAACCUACUGUACCUACAAUCACUUCAUCAACUGUAGAGGGAGAAGAAGUUGAGUUAGGUUCAGGAAUGAAUGCUAUCUCCUUUACUAAGCCACAGAGUCCUUUAACCUCUGCAGACCUAAGACUUUCCGAAAGUUUUAUGAAACCAUCACAAAUUCUCAACGUUGAGGCAUCCAAUCACUCUCCUUCAGUUACAGUAUCUAUAUUUGAUGCCCUUGCAGACAUACUCACAUCUACACCUAAACCAAAAAUUUCCUCAACAACUGAAGUAAAUAAAAUUGCAAAUGUUAUAAAUGAUGUUGACAAGACACUCAACGGCGUGAGUAAUAAUCAAAAUGUAAAUACCAUCAAUAGCUUCACGAGUCAAAGGUCCAUAACAUCCACAGAUAUAAUAAACACGAGUGCUAAAAUUGUACAAACCACUGAAGGGGCUACACAAAAUGUGCUUAACAGUUUGUCGGUCCGGGAAAAUGUUACGCCAUCAUUAAAUGUUGUCGAUACUGUAUCCACACCUAUGUCUAUUCCAUCGUUCCAAACAAAUACUGUUAGUCCUAUUACAAUUUCCACUACUCCUAUUUCCACUACAUCCAUUUCCCAACGUAAACCAUUUGCCUUUAAAGUUUUAUACUCUGAAACUGAACCUUACUUAGACAAAACGACUGCAGUAACAUCAACAACUGACAGCACAGCAAUGGUAUAUAAUACUGUCUCAGAUCUAAUAUUAUCUAACAACAAAUUAGUUUCAUCAGAACUAACAAGCAUGCUAUCUAACAAUAUCGAAUCUAUUAUGCAAAAUAUGGACGAAAAUCGUAAAUCGAAACUUUCUGUAGAUAUGGCAAAUUUAUUAAACAAGCUAAUUCCAAAGGCUUUAAAUAGACGUAAAACAUUAUCAGAUGAGGAUGAAGUAGCAUUCAAUACAACACCGUAUAGCUUGGAAGAUAUUAAAGAUACCGAAAAUAUAGAUUUUGGUAUUUUGAACGAUACAAGCAUAACUAAUUCUAGUAAAAUAAACUUGUCUGUUUCAAUAGGGACUUCUCUAAAGCAAAAUGAUGUUAAUACAGCUGAAGUAACAAACGAUUCCGACGUUAAAAUAACUACGGAGUCUACAGAAUAUCAAUCCGAUGACUUUGUCUUAUCAUCAUCAAGUAAUAUAAAUAUUGAAAAAGCUGUUGUUGCUUCAGAUGUAGAAAUAUCAAAAGUUACUACAACAACUGUAUCAACCUCCGAUGAUUCCUUAAAUGAUAUCACUAACAAGUCCGUUCCAGUUCCCUUUAUUCCAAAUUAUCAAUCAUCAAGCUCAGAGUCAGAUUUAGAUAAUGAUAAUAAUAAUUCUACAUCUUCCACGUCUCAAUCGUCUGCGUUUGAAUUAACUGAAAUAGAAAAUAGUAUGGAUAGUGUCCAAGACCCCACUCAAUUAUCACGACUUCAGUUAUGGGUUUUAUCGAAGAAAGCUAGAGUCUUAAAAAUGAUUGAAGAAAUAAUAAAGGCACACCAUGAUGAAAUUGACAGCGUUAGUCUAACUGAAUCAAUUAAACCAUUUGAUGACCUUUCCAACCGCUUGACAGAUAUUAUGACAUCAUCAAGUUCAACGACUCCUACGUUUGACUUAAAUUAUGAAUUGACUUCUACGAGACCUUCAAACCCAAUUUCUUCUACUAUUUCUUCUCUUCUAAGCACCCUUACUACCAUAACACCUGCUUCUUCCACUGAAACCACCACUGUUUUUACUAGUUUAGACACUGCUAGCCCAAUGCGGUCAGAGACAGUAACCAAUGAAAUAACUCAAACAUCGACUAUUUCUUCGUAUGAGGAAAGCAACGUCAUUAUGAAAACCAACAUGGACGAUAAGUUAGAGAGCACAACAUUAUCCAACGGUAAUUUCGAUGAAGGUGAAAUAACUACUUCUGGUUUUAAAGAAUCAAACUCAAGUUCAGGUGGAAAUACAACAACAGAAAGAAAUGUAGAAGAUCAAGACAAUGAAGAAAAUACUACAAUUGGAAAAAGUAUCAAAAAUGAAUCUCUUGAAGAAACUACAAACGAAUUCUUACUUCGUUCUAAUGAUGAGGAAACUACCAAUGAUGAGGAAACUGCCAAUGAUUUUACCACGGAAAAUAGUUUGCGGCCACAAAAUGAUGAUGAUAAUAUAAAGUCAACCAUGACUACCAUUGUUAUAAAUGGAGCUGAUAUGCAAACGACAACUAUAAACAGCCAAAGUAAUGUCAAUGACUCAGACGUUGUAACAAAUUCAACUCCCAUAGAUGAAGAUAGUUCUAUAAGUACCACAGAAUCUUUAAAAGAAAAUACGACAAAUUUUCGUGAAAAUAUAGCUCCAACUCCUGAUUUAAAUUUGGAAAACAAUAGUAUUACGAAGAAUCCUAUUCCCAAAAAAGACUAUGUCAUUUUUGGUAUACUUCCUAAUAACACUGUGGUACGUAAAGAUCCUAAUGAUGAUAUACUGGAAUCAUUAACCGAAGCCAGUCCAUACAUAAUUUACGGCGUACUACCCAAUAACACAAUCAUUCGAAAGUUUCCUAACGGAACAAGAGUGCCACGAAUCAUGCAGAAAAUUGACAUACUACCAAUCAGCCCAUGGAAUCUAAGAAAUCCAUAUAGCCCCAUCCAUAACAUUCCGGCCAUUGUCAGACCAAAGUCUAACCCCACCCGAGUUUCCACUAAUACUGUGACUUUCCAAGACACCUCAAAUAACGGAACAGAAAAUCAAUUAACCAACGACACUGUAAAUAACCUACAAAUAACGAUUUCUUCAUCGACACCUAAUAUAAAAGAUAGCAGUUCAUUGGGUAUAACUUAUACCACAUUUAAAGCGCCUACUGAAAAAAGCACUGCCUCGCAUGUUUUAAGAUUACGCACAACUACAAUGUUACCCUCUGUUGACGAGAUACUGCUUAAUAGUAUAUCUUCAGCUACUUUGGAGGAAAUGGCAAUAUCCUCUAUGACAAGUUCUACCCAUGAACCACGAAUAUUAACACUGGAUAUCGAUCCGGAGACUAAACAGAUACGCACAGAAAAGCCAGAUAGUGAAAAUGGAAAUACGGUUUUUAAAUUUAUACCUAUUGAUGAGGUUACGACAUCAUCUCAAGAAUCAAAUGUUUUGAAAUUAGCAUCCACUAAAGGACUUAGAACUACUGAAAAUGACAUACAAACGAUGAAACCUGUCACUGAGUCUAACACAAAACCAUUUCAAGAUAUGACUAACGACUUCUCCACUAUACCACCUACAGCUGGAACACCUUUUGAAAAUGUGGAGCAAGCAACUGUAGAAUUUCAGUCUCCUAUAAUAAGUGAUGAUUCUACAACAAAAAGUUCUAUUACAGAUAGUGAUUUCAUAAGUACUACAGAUAGUUCAUUAAUGACGACACCAACUACAUCUACAAAAUCAAAUGUACUAUUACCACAAACGACUAUUACAAGCUCAAUAUAUGUUGAUUCUACUUCAUCAGUUACAACUUUUAUGCCAACUACUGACACGUAUAAUGUACAACCAUUAACUUCUUCGUCUAAUGUUGAAAACAAAGUUUUUAUGGAUGAUAGCACCCUACUUCAGCAAAUGCUUAUAGAAAUGGGUCGUAAUUCAAAAAGUUUAGGAGGGUUUGAUAACAGCAAAGAUUCGAGAGCAAAUAGUUUACAACUAAAUGAAAAUGCUAAAUUAUUACAAGCUCUAUUGGGUAAUCAAAAGCAGCCAACUCAAAAUACUGUCUCAGAUUACAACCCACAAGAUCAAACUACAUUACGAUCAAUAGAAGAAGACAUCAAGCAAUUUGAAGAAGACACUAAGCUUUUAAAAGCCUUAUUAUUAGCAAUGGGAAGAGAUCCUGCUGAGCUUAAUUUGCCUAAUUUAGAUGGUAUAAAACAAAAAUUUGGAAUAACCGAACCCUCAUCAGCCACUACAAUUAAUACUUGGACCACAGCUCAAAGUACAACAACAUUACGAGACACUACGCCGACAACAACAAUAACAACUACUAUGCCAACAACUACAAGAACAUUCCCAACAACAACCUCAAUUCCAACUACUACCAAGAAUAUUUUAACAACGACAGUUUCAUCAUCUAUUGACGAUGAUAUAAAAAAAUUGCAAGAGGAUACAAAACUAUUACAAGCGUUAUUACAGUUCAAUGGAAAUCAAAAUGCAAACUAUUUGCCUGAAGUAACUGGUAUCACUUCAAAUGUUCGAUUAUCAUCAAACCUUCUCUCAACAUCCGUUGGAAAUAAUCCAACAACGCCAUUGAAUAUUCGACCUGUAUAUACGGGGAAGGUAGCUACUACAACUCCACUAUCUAGUACGCUUUCUACAUUACAGCCACGUCGGCCUAACGCCGAAAAUAUGGGAAUAUCGACGACGCUUCUUCCUUUCAAUGAAAGAGUUACUACGUCACUGCCCAUUUCUACUCCACCGAGGGCAGUGAAUCAAAACCCUCGAUCAGGAUUCACAACUGAGAUACCGAGUACGUCGACGUUCUCCGACGCAGAAGAUUUGGCAUUUUUACAAAAUCUGAAAUCGGUAUUGAGUACCAAAAAUAGUGGUGAAGAUCCAGAAACAGCUCUGGCAAAUCGUGUGAUUGCUCUUGCUGUAGAACGCAGCUUAAAUGAAAUACAAGGUGGUAAGGAUACAACAUCGACUUCCACUACUAUGCGAACAACAACAACUCAAACAACAACAACUCCAAAUCCAAACACACCAUCAAUUGAAGAAGAUUUAAAACAGUUCGAAGAAGACACAAAACUUUUGCAAGCACUCCUUAAAGCUACCGGUCAAGAUCCUUCAAAACUUAAUCUGCCGGUACUUCCUAAUGUAAAUGUGAGCCCAAAAUCACCAGGAGCUGCAAAUGGGGAAAUAGACUUGAAUUUACUAUCUAAUUUACUAGCGUCUCCAUCUCCAUUAAACGAACCUUUUGAACCUUUGACGCAGAAGCCUAUCAGUGACAUUUCUGCGAGUAAAAAUGUUCCACCUACAACAGCGAAACCUUACGGUGCCAAAAUUGCUGUAAAGGACGACUUAAAGAAUGAGCAGGAUGACGCAAAGCUACUACAGACACUUAUCAAGCUUCAAGACGCACAAGAAACUACAACUCAGAGAAGCAAAUUGGCCAUAACAGGGCAAUCAUCCGAUGAGGCUUUGAAAAACCUAAUCAAACAAGCUCAACCGACCAGCAUGGUGUCUGAAGCUACCAAAUCAUCUAUAUCUUUGAGCACCGAAUACGGAAAUUCCAACGACGCUCUACUCGCUGCGCUACUGAAGGAACAAGGCUUCGGUCCAACUACCGCUAGCUCCCUGGACGAGCAACUUCGACUUGCUGCUUUACUCAACCAAGUGGUAGUGACACCGAAAACGCCGCGGCGGACGACGACGCCCCCGCCGCCUCCGCCGCCGCCCAGGAGGCCUAUUUUAGACGGCCUGGCCUGGCUCUGGCAGCAGUGGAGAGAGACGGCACCGGGGCCUGGGGCGCCGAGGCCCAAUCGGGGCCCCGCGAGCCCCCCUCGGCCUUCGGCGACGCAGUCGGCGGCCACGAGCUCGAGGGUCAACUGGUUUGGCUCCGGGCCCUUCGUCGGCAAUGCCGGCGACCGGCCCUCGGCGAACAGAAUACCCCUGGAGCCACCCAGUGCUGCGGAACCGGCGGUGCCCGGGCGGGGGCAGCUCGUGUCGGCAGCCAUCAACGUCACGAGGGCGUUUUCACAGUUCCUCGGAGCGGCGAUACAGGGCGCCGCGCAGACUGUUCAAAGUGUCAUAAGGGCGGGACAAAGGGCUGCCUCGGAUGUGUACACGAACGGCUCGGGCUCCGGCUAAGGACAAGGACUGAAGCUUUUCCGAAAGUGUCAUAGUACGCACCAUGUGUUCGAGACCUAACGUACUGGAAAAUCUGGUCUACAGUCAAGAGAUUAAUUAAAUUUAGUUUCCGUAAAUCGAUUUUAGGGAGUGGAAUUAGUGUUUUUGAACUUUCAG